AUGACUCAUGAAGAACGAAUGUUACAGAUCGAUGAACUAGACGAAUGGCAGACACAUGUCAAGGAGAAAUUGAGAAUACACGAUGCAGAGCUAAAGCGACACCAUGUUGAGCAUGUGGAUGGAACGAACCAAUUCAAGGUUGGAGACAAGGUACUACUAGAUAAAACAGAUCUAGAUAUUGCCACUUCAGAGCUUAAUGCAAAUGGAGCAACUCCUUUUACGGUACUGAAUGUCUUCCCAUACGGUACAGUCGAGGUAACUCAUUCUGAACUUGACACAUUUAAGGUAAAUAGUACUCGACUUAAGCCUUAUGUUGAUAAUAGAAUUGAUAACAAGAAAGAGGAGUUUUGA